UAAUAGUAAUAACUUUUGACCUUCGUCACCGACAUUUUUUAUCGCAACGACUUGCACAAUAGGAAGUGUUCAUUGAAUGUCAAUGCUUAAAGUCAUUUGACAUUUUAUAGGAACGCUUUAAAGUAUAUUUUUAUUUUGACAUGGGCUGCCAAAUGAAUCGCUGUUGUUGCUUCAAUAACACUCAAGAUGCAUCUUUUGCUGUGGGAGUGUACACUGCGAUUAUGUCUCUGAUUGGCAUUAUUUCUGUAUCAGUCACCUUCGCUUCUUCGUAUCAGUCAUCUUACCCCGACAAAGUUUAUAUUACGCUCUACGCUCUAGCUGUGGUUAUCGAAGUAUUGUUUUUCCUUAUCAGUAUAAUCCUCCUGUAUGGUAUUAAAAAAGAAAAUCGUUUACUGAUGAUUCCGUGGAUGGUGUGGAUGAUUAUUAAUAUCGUUGGUCAAUUUAUUGGCGUCAUUAUCCUUGGCAUAGUCGUAGUCCACAUGGUGCGACCGUUUAUUUUAGUGUUCGUGGUAAUACUUUUGUUAAUGAUCGGUUUAGACAUAACUUGCUUCAUUGUAGUCAAUACUCACUACCAGUAUUUAACAUCUUCUUCGGGCGUAAAAAAUGAAGUUCCACUGAGUUAUCAGAAAUUAUUGAUAUCUUCCUCGUAAUUUAGAUAUAACUAUGCGUGUAUAUUUAUCAGAUUGCUUAUCAUAAUGCUAAAAGUUGUUGAAAUAUGUUGAAAAUAUUCAGUUAAUAAUGCAUGCUGAAUUAGCCGUUUUUUUAUUUCCUGCUUAACAUUAUUAAUCUAAUAAAAUGAUUAUUAUAAGCUUUUCAAAAUAUACUUAAUCAUUAUUAUUAAGAAGAUAAACAUAAAUUUCGGUUUCAUUCUUUGAAAGAUAUUCUGAAUUCUAAAGAUUCAACUGGAUGCUAUUUGAAAAGUCUUGAUAGACUUUUAUGAAUAUUGUUAAAAUAAAUGUUUUUUAUACGCUUUUUAUGAA